UACUUUUUGCUUUUCGGCCGACUACAUAAUGUACGUACAUAUAUGUAUAUAUUUUUAAAUUUGUAUAUACAUAUUUAUAUAUUUUAUAUAGUUGUAUGUAUAUAUAUAAAAACAUAUAUAUACAUAUGUACAUUACAGCACCAAAGAUUCAUAGUCUUUUAAAAACCAAUUUGUUUCACUAAAAUUAACAAUUCUUGAAAGCUUCUCUUUGAAGGCCUAUUUGCAGCGACUGAAACGUGUGAAUCUCGUUAGGAAAUUUGGGAACAUUGGUUUAAAAGAGUGUGAGAUAGAGGGCAGUGUGCAAUGCAGUGAAGGAAAUUGUGUGUCUGAAGCAAAUGCAGUCAAGUCAAUGGCAAACAGCGCUUGCAAAAAACAAAAAAAAAAGAAUGUUUAACGCACACUCACACACAUACACACUCAUGUGUACAAAUUGUAUAUUGAGCUAAUCUCAUCUGUAACGCAUAAUCACGAAUCGCCAAAUUCAUCAUCAAUCACAUUGGUCUUUAAUAAUAAUAAGCGUAUGUAUUGCUAUGAAUGAGUAUAUCGCAUCAUCAUAAUCAUCAUCAUAUUGUAUAACUAUCUACUACCACCAACUACCAAAAUCACCACCAAAACCACCACAACCACUACUACUAUUACUACCACCACCACAAGUUAUCAGUCAAUCAGUCAGUACUAGCAACAACUACAACAGUAACACCAGCAUUAAGUCCAACAACAAUAAAACACAGCCAUUAUCACAACGUCAUCAUAUCUCAACUAAUGCUAGUCGUAUGUGGGAGUCCUUGCGCACCGUGAAAGCACCGCCGCUGUAUAAAUACAUACAUACACCAGCCUGUUUGUGUCGUUUGCUCACACACACACCAUGUACCGAUUGCCAAAACGUAAUUGCUGCACGACCAGCUCGUCGACAACAUCCAGCCAAACUCCGCCCCCAAACCAACAGGCUCUAAUACGUGACUACUGGUAUGAAUUGAAAUUUUCCGAUCUAUUCAAGUUUAUCAAUCCGGAUGGACGCUAUCAAUGCCCGAGAUUUAAUUGUCUUAAAAGCUAUAAGGAUGCAAGUUCACUUCAGAGACAUAUCAGUUGCACUUGGACGACAACGGGGCACAGUGUGCUCAGCCGAGCAGCAAUUAAACAACACACCCAUAUCAACAACAGCAACAACUCCAAGCAAGGACUUCAUAUUUUGCACACAAAAUGUGGAUAAUCUCAAUAUCACUGACUAUAUAGAAUUAUCAGCCGAGAGUUUUAAGUUCAUAGAAACGGCAAGCAACGAUAUGUCGUGUCUCGAAAUUGAUAAAAUUGUGGAGAGUAUUGCAGAUAUUAGUGAUGAAAAUGAGAAUGAGCAAAAUGUUGCAGACACUAUGAUUAUUUGCUGCAUGCCAAAUGCAACAACAACAACAACAAGGGCUUUGGAACGCACGCAAGCGCCGAAACGCGAAGUGGUCUCAUAUCAACGUUAUGGGCGUCAA